GGGGAACUGUGACAUUACAUGGAUUCAUUGUGUGAAUUGAAGUAGCCGCAAUUGGUGAUUUAAAAAUACCUGCGAUAAGUAAACAGAUACGCAAAUAUCGUCCAUCCCUAUUGGAAACCUGUGACUGUGAUGAGCAGGGCUACAGCUCAACCUGGAGCACAAUAAACAAACAACAACGCAAUGGGUUUUCCGCGCAUUCUCAGCAAGAAUAACAAGAUCUACACCAAAUUGGGUGAGUUCUGUCUCUCUGGGGAUAGCUUCUGGAUAGUCUGCCACACAUGCCAGGAGGAACUACAGACGCAGGAUCAGUUCUGGAAGCACAUACAGGACGAACAUAAUUUUCUCCAUGGCGUUGCCAAGGAACACAGUCGAACAUCCAGCUACUGCUUAACAGAUGUGGAGGCGGCAGCAGCCACUUCUGGUGCGACGACUUCCCAGGGCGCAGGUAGUGUUACUUCUGUGACAGUUCCCUUGGCCCUCUACCACUGCUCUACCAAGUACUCCGAGGACGACCAACGGGAAAUGGACCUUCACGAAGCCCAGCAACAGCAACACCAACAGCAACACCAGCAGCAACAGCAACUGCAACAACAGCAGCAGCGGGAUGUGGCCAAGGAGCUGGCCGAGCUGCAUGCGAAUGCUGUAGCAGCCGCUGCGGCAGCCGCUGCCGCUGCCAAUGAAAGCAGUACUCGUAGCAGCAGUGGUAUAGACAUUAAGAUUGAGCCUCCAUGCCUUACCCUGCCGCCAGAGAUGCAAGCAGCUGCGGCCGCUGCCAAUGCCACCAUCUACCACUUGCCACAGCUGGGGCCAGCGGCGGCACCACCGCCCCCGUCUACGACGGGCUUCGUCAGCGCAAGUAUAGGCACAUCUACUACAGUCAGCACCACCCCGCCAAAUAUGACGGGCAGCCAUUCGGUCAUGCAGCAGCAACAGGCGGGAAUUCUUACUGGUAGUGGUCUCUCCACGCUCAGCAUGUCAGUGGGCCCCUCGACUGCAAUGGCAGCGGCCCUGCUUUCCACCCAAGAGCUGCCCAAGGACUCGAACAGCACCACGGCCAGCGCCGGGAGCGCGGUCUCCUCGGACGAUGGCGAGCGUUGGUACAUCUGCGACUACGAGACGUGCGGCCUGAAGUUCAAAUACAAGUCGCGCAUGGAGCUGCACCGGGUGGUGCAUAGCAAGGAGCGGCGCUUCAAUUGCGAGUUGUGCAGUGCCUCCUUUAAGCAGUCGUGCAACUUGUCCACGCAUCGCAAGAAAAAGCACGCUCUCCGAGGUAUCAAGAGCGAGAUCCUUCCGCAGCGGUUCUAGACGUGGUACAUGCUUUUCCACUCCAUAGGCUACCUCUCUUCCUGCACACACUUGUUUAAAACCUUGCAAGUCCUUGCAGAAUCAAUCUGACUAGAUGCUAGUUUCUCCUUUCCCCUACCGGUCUAUGCUUAAAUGCUGCACUACACUUAAACACACAAAUUACAAAAAAAUACAUUUAGUUAAUUAAGGCUUAGGUCCCUGGUCACCGUUUAGCCAUUGUACAUGUAGUGUUAAUGUUCUGCGAGGUUAUGUUAACCCCCGAUGAUCCGGCAGUGCGCAUUAGCGGUUAAUUACGAUCUAGAUAUACAUACAUAUACAGUCUUUUAUAUAGUGGCUAAGAUAUUGCAGUUACAGUUUAGUGUCUAAGCCCAAAGUUACAAAUAGGUAAUGCCACAAAACACAGCAAUUCCGUUUUGAGGCCGUUAGUGAGUUGUUUCACUGUUGCUGUGGUUAUUAUGACGUCACAAUACAUUGAUGCUCCGUAAAUGCGGUGUAUAAAUGUAUGUACAUAUGUGCGUCCAGUCAACUAGUCAGCAAUAUGUAUUAGCAAAAUUCAAAACAGCGAUUCAAAAGAAAAAUACAUAAAA